AUGAAGAAAACGUGUUUGAAGUUUCACUUGGAAUCUUGCCAGGAAGCAAUCCAGACUGGCAACGAGGGCGAUCUAGAGAUUUUUGGAACCAACUUCGACUUUGACUUUUACGAAACCGCUGCCAACUUCACAGGCUCUAGGCCCGGCGAUGUCCUCAAGAUUCAACCUGUCAUCUCUGCCAACAUCACCGUGCCCGCCGGUGUUGCCGUCUACAAGAUUCAAUACACCAGCGCCGACAUCAACGGCUCCCCUGUACCCGUCACUGGCUUCGUCACAUUUCCAUUUGCUAGGACACAGCAGCCCUUUAACCUGAUCGCCUACGCACAUGGAACCAGCGGUGUCUUCCCCUUCCCCGACAUUCUUUCGCACGAUUUGGCUUCGAUUGGACAUUCUCAGGGCGGCGGUGCGGUGUGGAAGCUGUCAGAGCACAAGCUCGUCCAAGAUUCAGCCAGUGGAUAUCUGGGAGGUGUUACCGUGGCGCCUGUUACCAAGGUCUACGACGCGCUGGUUGCCAUCGAAUCGCUUCGCAAUCUUACUCAGACCGGAGGAGACGAUCACGACUUUCUGGCUUUGGGCGUCAUUCCAUCUGCUGUAGUUGGCAUCAGGGCAACGUUCCCUGAUUACGAAGCCCCCAUCAUUUCGGCCAAACUGAAAAACAGAAUCGAGCUCGCAAAGAUCGCACAGCUAUGCGACGCCGCUAUCUCGAGUCUCACAGUUGACCUUCGCUUCGACGCUCUUUCCAAUCGCACUGCCACAUCCGACACGCGCCUUAAAGAGUUCCAAGAGUUGAACGCCCCAGCUCAAGGCGGCCGCGCCUCAAAGCCGCUGCUUUUGGUUUUGGGUGAGGAUGAUACCAUCGUCUCAGAGGAGUCCGGUACCGCCUCGUUCGACGAGACCUGCGUCUACGGAAACCCUGUUCAUAUGAGCAUCUACCCCGGCUUAGACCACUCUGCUGUCUUGACGGCAGCAACACCUGAGUGGCUUGCGUUCUUCCAGGACCGAUUUGCCGGGAAACCUUUUGGAGGGUGCUCUACCUUAUUCAGAACUAUAGCAUUGGCUAUAUUUAUGGAGCCGCAAGUGUACAUAAUGUCGCCUCCAACAAAAUGGUUACUAAACACCAAAAGAAUAAUAAUGUCUCUGGUGAUAAACUAA